CAAGGACGUAGCGCACCGCUAGAACCGGUACGCGAAAACUAAAGCAGCACACACAGAGACGAGAGAGAGAGAGAGAGAGAGAGAGAGAGCUACCUACCUACCUAGAUACCACCUACCUACACACAAGCACAAUGUCCACCAUCGACAACCUCAAGGACCGCACGACCCCGGUCUUCUCGCCCGACGACGUCACCGUCAUCUUCGUGCUCGGCGGGCCCGGCGCCGGCAAGGGCACGCAGUGCGCGCGGCUGGUGGAGCGGUACGGGUUCGCGCACCUGUCGGCGGGGGACCUGCUGCGGGCGGAGCAGGCGCGGCCGGACAGCGAGUUCGGCGGGCUGAUCCGGGAGUACAUCCGGGACGGGCGGAUCGUGCCGAUGGAGGUGACGAUCGCGCUGCUGGAGGCGGCGAUGCGCGAGGUGCUGGAGGCGGCGGCGGCGGCGGCGCCGCGGGGGAUCUUCCUGAUCGACGGCUUCCCGCGCAAGCUCGACCAGGCGCGCAAGUUCGAGGAGGCCGUCGUGCCGGCCCGCUUCGCCCUCUUCUACGACUGCCCCGAGCCCGAGCUCGAGCGCCGCCUCCUCCGCCGCGGCCAGACCUCCGGCCGCGAGGACGACAACGCCGACUCCAUCCGCAAGCGCUUCCGCACCUUCGCCGACACCAGCAUGCCCGUCGUCGACUACUACGCCGCCCAGGGCCGCGUCCUCCACGUGGACGCCACCGCCGCCCCCGACGCCGUCUUCGACGCCACCCGCGACGGCCUCGCCGAGCGCCUCGGCCAGGACGCCCUCGACGCCGCGCUCGCCGCCGCCGCCGCCGCCGAGGGCCGCGAGCAGGCCCGCGAGUAGGUCCGGGUGGGGAGCCCCGUGAUGUUUAUUAAGUAUUGGGAUGUGGUGGCGGACGAUGGGUAGGGAGAGAGAGAGAGAGAGAGAGAGAGAGAGAGAGAGAGGAAGGAACGGCGAUGGCUUGACUUGAUGAUGACGACAACGACCAUGGGAAUAGAGGAAUGCGAUAAGGAGAGAAGACGUGAUGAGCACCUGCUGCUGCUGUAACCACCUCGCGGGCAAAAUCUACGUGUGGUGUAGUUAGCUGUAUAGAGCCAGCCGGCGGCCCGCCCCUUUCAUUUAUAUUAAAGUCAUAGACGGGGUUAGUAAUGAGGCUCAAGACGGUGGAGAAAUAAAUAGAUAAAGUACCAUAGACGCGCACA